AUGGCGGAUACAUUCUUUGGUCUUGCUGUUGUAGGUCCAAAUGGUGGGAAAGCUACAAUAAUUGCUACCAGCGUAAAUGGAGUCCAAUUCAAUUUUCUCAACGGCUGUGAUGUUAAUCCAAUAUCCAGAGAAGUCGUCUUCACAGACGCCGGCCAGACGUUUGACAUAAGCCAUGAUGGCUCAUUUGUGCUGUUUUCAGAGACCACCAACAACAGAUUAUUGAAGUAUCGGCUCAAAGAGAAAACGACUGAAGUCUUUCUGAACUUAACAACACAGCCACUUAAAAUCAAGAGGGCUCCAACCUUCGGAGAAUUUUGGCUGGCAGCCAAUGACAUUGUGCUACAGCCACGCUCCCUUAAGCCAUUUGGCUACAAAUUUAAAUUGUUUGGUCAAUUGCUACUCACAAAGAAUUUGCAACUGCAAUAUAACAACACUCAAGUUAAUGUCUUACAAGAAUAUCCUGUCAAUGGUGGCACGUUAUCUAUUGGUUCACGGGAUGCAUCAUAUGUUGGCAUUUUCAGGAAAUGGUAA